AUGUCAAACAUAAAUUAAGAUCUCUUACAAAAAGUUAUUGAGCUAAUAAACAAUUAACCAUCCAUUUAUUAGUAAUUGAAUACAUCAGAACUUGAUAAAGGAAUAGAUCUUAUUGAUAUAUAUUCUGUUUAUGGAGAUGUAGAUUAAAAUAUAUAUGAAGAACCAGGCGAAAUUCAAUUUAAUUUUGAAAUGGAAUAAGAGUAGCCAAAUGAAUAAGUUAAAGAAAGUAUCCCAUAAUAGAAUAUUAAAAAAUAAUAAAUCACAUUAGAUUAUAUUAAAAAUUAUGAUAAAUGUGAUUAAGUGUUUAGAACAAUAGCUGAAACUUAAGGAGAACUUGAAGUAUUUUUGGAUAGGAAUCAAGAAAUAUAUAGAUAAUUUAAAAUUUGGAAUGAUUAAUUAAAUUAUGGUGAACUUUAUUCAAAAGACCCAAAAUACAUAGAAAAGAUUAAAAUUACUUUAAUUCUUGUAAUAAUGAAUAAAUUAUAAUUAGUUAUCUGAAUGGUUAAUUGCUGUAUGUUAUAAAUCAUAAGUUAAAAAAAGAAUUUUAAUUCAAACUUAAACUUAACCAAGAGUGUAAUAUAAGGCAAAUAUAUUUUUGGAAUAUAUUUAUGAAGCUAAAAAAAUGAAUGAAAAUAGAAGAAUAAAUGAAGUUAAAAGAUAAACUGUACAUGAAAUUUUAUUAGCAGCAACUCCAGAUAUGGCAUAUGUUCUGUCUGAAGGAUUUAUUAUUUCAAAAUUAACUAAUUAAUUAAUUGCUCCUAUUUAAGGAGAUUUUUGUAAAAUAAAAGAUUGGUUGAUUGCUGUUCGUAGUGUAACAAACUUAAAUAUUAAAGAAUUUUAAGAAUUACUUAAAAUAAGUAGAGAAUAUUUUUCUGAAUAGAGUACUAUUUGA